AGAUCCACUCUUUGAUUCUUUCAUUUUCUCACUCUAUUAGACUACUCUGUAUCUCCAUUUCCACUUUCUCUCCCUCUCUCUCUUCCCAACCCAUUGCUUUAGAGAGAGAAAGUGAGGAUCCAAGAUGAUGCUGGGAAAGAGGCGGCGCUACCCUAUAAAGAGGACUACCAGUAUGACCAACUUCUCUUUUGAUGAUCUAUCUGUCGUGCUCCCUCCACCAUCAGAUCAAAAUCAUCAUCAUGCAGUUGUAGAUCAUCAAAAGGUGAUGGGAUUUGCUUCACCAAGACCCAUACAUAGACGAAAUUCAGCUGAUUUUAAUAUCAAUAAUCAUAGUUCGUCAAAUACUUUUCUCAGAACUUGCUCGCUCUGCAACCGUAUGUUGGCACCUGGCCGUGAUAUCUUCAUGUACAGAGGGGAUACUGCAUAUUGCAGUCUGGAGUGCCGGCAGCAGCAAAUGACACAAGAUGAAUGGAGGGAAAAAGAUUCUAAGUCUGCAACUAAAUCUCACCAUCCUCCUCCAGUCUCUUCUACUACUGCCGAGUCCAUCGCCGCGUUGUAGGCUUUUUUCUUAAUAAAACGACGAGUUUCAUUCUUACCUUUUUUUUUUUCAGAAUUAUAAAUCAAAUGUAAUGUACUCAAUGUUUCAAUAUUUGGGAAGUUUGGGAGGGACAAAUUUGUCAAAUAUCAUUGGCAUAUGGUCCCUUAAACUUUGGCCAAGCCUACUUCAUUACUCAUUACUCAUUAUUGUAUUUGUAAUGCAUGAUUUUUGGAUA